AUGUUUUGCACCAGGUGCCUCCGCGCCACCGUAUCGCGGCGUCCGCUGCCGCUCCUGCGGCAAUUCUCGACAACAAUUCCCUUUCGAAACGCCGAGCCCGUCUUUUCGACGCCUAUCACCGGGCCCGGCGAGGCCUUGCCGGACGCUCCCAUUCCCCGGUCGUCCUGUCGAGCUGGGACCCCGCUGAACGGACUCAACUAUUUCAAGGGCGGCCAAGACCCCGUUGCGAAGAAGGACGAGGAAUACCCCGAGUGGCUAUGGUCGUGCCUGGAUGUUCUUAAGAAGAGCGCCGAUUCGGAGGACGCAGAUGCCGGAGACGAGUUCUCAAAAUCAAAGAAGCAGAGAAAGCUAGCAGCCAAGCGUCAGAAGGCCCUCGAGGCCAAGCUGCUUGCCGAGGGCAACCUCGAAGCACUCGCUCCCAAGGUGCCCUUGCAGCACCAGUCCAUCAACAUCCUCGGCGAGGAGAACCAGGGCGUCGAGCACAACAUCGAGGCGGCAGCGAAGCGAGAGGAGCUCAAGAAGGCGAUGCGCAAGGAGAGGAAGGCCAAGAUCAAGGAGACCAACUACCUCAAGUCUAUGUAA